CCCAGGGUGAGGAUCCGUCCCCAGCUGAACCGGUGAGCGGGGGAGGAAACGACAGAGAGCUUUUGAGGAGCAGAAACAUGCAGACGUGAUGAGAAGCUGAGAUUUCCAUUAAAGGUUUCAGCAGCUGUUUGAUUUUGAUUUGUAGCUGGUGCCAUUACUGCACACUUCACCCCAGACCAUCAACCCUCAGUCAGAUCCACACACACCUCACAGCUCCCUCAAGUGUGAAAUCAGUGUUAGAAGAUGACAGCUCAGGCUGUGGGAGGCAUCAUCCAGGACCUGUCGGUGCCCUCACUGCUGGCUGUAGAGGGGCCGGGGUCCAGGCCUCUGGGAAAGGCUGUGUCCUUCUCUGAUGAGGCUGUUUCCAUCCUGACCUCCACAAGCCAGUUGGCCCAAACCCUCCUGAGUCACACCUUUUCCCUCAAACGCAAAGAGAGCAUAGCCAACGCCGAAGCGAAGGCCGGGAGCAGCUGCGAUGAAGACAACGGCAACGCUGCACGCCGCAAACGAGAGUUCAUCCCUGCCGAGAAGAAAGAUGAUGGCUAUUGGGACAAGAGGAAAAAAAACAACGAGGCAGCCAAGCGGUCCAGAGAGAAGCGGCGGGCCAAUGAUAUGGUGCUGGAGAGGCGGGUCCUGGGCCUGCUGGAGGAGAACGCCCGCCUGAGGGCCGAGCUGUUGGCCCUGAAGUUUCGCUUCGGCCUGGUCAAGGAUCCAUCUGAGGUUUCCAUCCUGCCGCUGUCUGCACCCGUCUGUGUUCACCCAACGCCCAGUAGAAAACAUUUCUACCAGCCUCAUACUGAUGGAUCCUCAUACCCCAACACACCGCUCGGCACCCACCACGUCCACCCUCACCCUCCACAGCCAGGUGCCAUCUAUGGAUCGAGGGGAGCCGGGAUUCUGUCAAGUCAUAGUGUAUCCGAGGAAUCCGGUGUCUCCACCUCAUGUAGCUCAGAUGUGGGCAGCCCUGUGUUUUUUGAUGAAACACUGAGUGAGCGUAGUGGGCCUUCUCCGAGAGAGCUGGCGGAGGAGCAGCAGGGCUACGACCCCCACAUCUGCCCCCUGGAGACCGAUGAGAGUCAGUAUGUAAACAGACUAGACUCACCUCAGAGUUUGAGGAGCCUCCCGCACAAGCUCCGCUUCAAAGGGCCCGCUGGUUGCAGCGAUGGAGGGGAGACGUCUCCAUCCUCUGAUACCAGAACCAGUGGACCACCUGUAGCAACAGUGUGGCCAAACAUCCAGGUGGGGAACCACCAGCAGACUGGAUGGGACAGUCGGACACAGAGUCAGGCCCCUUGGUCCAGGGAGGAGGCCUGUGGUGGACUUGGGCCGCAAUAUCAGGGUCCGUCCUCUGGACAUUGUAAUUCCUCCUCCCUGCAGAACUCCAGGGACACCAAGUACUCGACAGAGGACGCCAGUCUCAGGUCUCAGAUGAGCUGUUUGUCUCAGGAAGUGGCUCAGCUCAAGAGGCUCUUCUCUCAGCAGCUGCUGUCCAAGAUCGCUUAACGCCUGAGCACAAGGACUCAAGUUAGUAGACAGAUUUCACACUACAUCUUUACAAACCAUCGAUCUUACAGACUGCUGACUCCCCACAGAACGGCACUACCCCAGUGUUAACAGCUACCUCUGAAGUGACAAAUACCUGCUUCUCUGGAAAAGCUUAGUUUUGGAGCCUGUUUGUUCUGUGACGGUCAGCACACCACUUCCAGAAAACACCAACGCAUUUUAAAAUAAUGCUUAAAGGUCCCAUGGCAUGAAAAUUUCACUUUAUGAGGUUGUUUAACAUUAAUAUGUGUUCCCCCAGUGGCUAGAAAUGGUGAUAGGUGUAAACC